CCGACGACAACAAUAUGGCGGCGCCCAUAGCGAUACACCUGGAGUUUGGUGGAGGGGCGGAGCUACUGUUUGGCAGCGUGAAGGAGCAUCAUGUGACCCUGCCCAACCAAUCAGCACCCUGGGACAUGAAGCAGCUGCUGGUAUGGAUCAGAGGGAACAUGCUGAAAGAACGGCCCGAGCUCUUUGUCCAGGGAGAUACUGUGGUGAAACAGUUACAAAAGGAGCGAUGCAGACAAAUGUUUAUAUUUGUUCAAAAAGGCACAGCCACCAUUAAAGGAGAUUGGAUACUACCGGACAGACAGGAGUUGUGGUUUGUGGAUGCUCUGUCCUCCUCACCCAUUAUAGGCUUUUAUUGUUCCUUUUUUAUAGGGGUCUAUUUAUAGGGGUAAGUAGCUAAUGAAGGGAGGACAUGUGAGAGAGGGAGGAAAUCUGUGCUACUACCUAUAGAUCUGUCUACUCUUAAUCAUUGUAGGUCACAUUGUAUUCCAAACGGGGAUUAUUUGCUUUUAACCUGAAAACAGACAUUUUUUAACAGCUGCACCACAUUAGUGGAGGCUGUUUUUAAUGCUUUAAUUUUUUUCUUUUACAUUUUAGUAAUUUAGCAGACGCUCUUAUCCAGAGCGACUUCCAGUAGUGAGGGCAUACAUUUUCAUACCUUUUCGUACCGGUCACCCGUGGGAAUCGAACCCACAACCUUACCAACUGAGUCACACAGGACUAUGUUUUGAGGUGUACUGGCUAUGUCAGGGGAGGUUAUGUAUUUUAUGCAGUAUGGAAAGGGGAAGUGCGUUUUGAAGGUUAAGCAGCCUAUCAGAGCAUCGCGUGUAGCCCUCUGACUCUGUGACGUCAAGAGCUCACCGACCGCGGUGGGGAUGGAGGCAACUUCAUACAUACAGCAAGAGGGGAAAAAAACGACCUGCAGUUGUGGCGCAUGUCGCUAUGCCUUCAGCUACCAUAGUCAGAUUUAAGCGGGCUACCGCAGUCCCCAACGCCCCGUCUACAACACCCCGUCUACAACACAUGAUCACACACACCCGAUCUGCGUCCUCCUGUGAUGUGUAAAACACAUGCAUGGGAUUUUUAUUCGAUUUUUCUUCAUUGUGUAGAAUUCUCUUCAGACUAGAUUGCCUUACUUGUGUGUCUGAGGUAUUCUGAGGUGUUCAAUGCAAUGUCUUUU